GCUCAUAGUAUGUCUCCCAGAACCCCCUGUGCUUCCUGCUGUAUGCUUCCAGUUUGAGGGGAUCAUUUGUUGUUGUUGUGGAGGUCCCUUACUUAUCAGGACACCAGAGUUUGACCAACCGCAGAUGAUGGAUGAACAUGAGGAUGAGGUGGCCAGCAAGAUAUUACGCCUUACCCUGGAAAUGAUCUGCUUGUUGACUGGAGAGGACUAUACUAUAGUGAAGAAGACAUCUGGUGAGUGUGUAACCUCCGUCAGAUGUCCCUGCCUGCCAAAAGUACAGAGCAAGACCCAAAAACGUCAACCGUCACAUAAGAGAAAUACUGAGCAGAAGAUCCUAGAACUCACCAACAAGAUCACGGAGCUGCUGACUGGAGAGGUUCCCAUAAGAUGUCAGGAUGUCACUGUCCAUUUCUCCAUGGAGGAGUGGGACUAUUUAGAAGGACACAAGGAUCUGUACAAGGACAUCACGGUGAAGAACCACCAGAACCUCAAUUCACUGAAUGUUUCUGAGAAUAAAACAUCUCCAAUAGGAUUUCAUGACCCAAUAUCUUCUUCCGAGUCUAUAAAGAAGCAGCCCAGAUCGUUUAAUCCAAAUCAGAUGACUGAAAUAACAUUAACUAAAGAACUUUCCUCUGAUUCUGAUAAUAUACAAUCAAGUAAUGAAGAUCUCAUUCUCCACGAUGUCGAUAAUGUCCCCAAGUAUAUAUCCAUUGAUCGUACACAACUAUAUCCAUCUUCUGUCACUGAAAAAGAGCCCGUCUUAUGUUUCAUAGAUUCAGAACAUCAUACACAGCAUCUUUCUAGUAUGGAGGAAUCAAUUUCAAGUCAAGAGGGAAGCCUCGAAGAUGUCAAUAUUCUUACCUCCAGUUAUCCAUCUAUACAUAUCAAGGAGGAAUCAUGGGAUGAAGAAAAUUCUAUUUACAUACCCACAGAAGAUAUACAGUAUCCAUCUAGUCAUAUUAAGGAGGAACUGGUCUCAUGGGAAGAAGAAGAAGAAGAAGAGGACAACAAUGACAUAUAUAUCCCCACAGACAUAACAGAACAAUAUCUAUCUACUCAUAUAAGCAUGGAAUCAGUCUCAUUUGACGAGUUAGCCUAUCAUGGCUAUAACCAGUUCCCUAAAUAUCAAAGAAAUUCCACGAGUGAGGCACUGUAUGCCUGUACUGAAUGUGAUAAGUAUUUUCUAAGCAGUUCUCAACUAAUUAUCCAUCAGAGAUCACACUCCAGACAGCAUUUCUACAACUUUGCUGAAAAGGGCAACAUGGUUCAUCAGGGGAAAAUUUACUUCAAUGAGCGACACUACCAGUGCACCGAAUGUGGCAAACAAUUCCUUGAGAAGGGGAAGUUAGUUCGUCAUAUAAAGUCUCACACAGGGGAGAAACCAUAUGCAUGUUCACAAUGUGAUAAAAGAUUCCUCGAGAAUUGGAAGUUAAUCCGGCACCAAAAAACCCACACUGGAGAGAAGGCCUAUUGCUGUUUUGAAUGUGGAAAACAAUUUUCAGAGAAGAUUAUGUUACUUAAUCAUCAAAGAAUUCAUUCAGAAAAUAACUCUUUUACGUGCUCAGAAUGCGGAAUAGAUUUUAUGGAUAGGUCUUCACUUCUGGUCCAUCUGAUGACGCACACAGGAGAGAAACCUUAUGAGUGUUUGGAGUGUGGAAAACUUUUCGCCUACAAGUCCUCACUCUCUCAACACAAGAUGAUUCAUUCAAGGGAACGCUAUGUUAGUUCUGCAUGUAGCAACCAACUUAUUGAUUUCCCAGAGUCUUCCAAGACCAAGAAAAAUGAGAUUAAUGAUAAAGCCCAUGAGUGCUCUGAAUGCAGAAAGUGUUUUUCAAGCAAUUCCCUACUUGUCAUCCAUCAACGAUCUCAUACAGGGGAGAAACCAUUCAAAUGUUCCGAAUGUGGGAGAUGUUUUGCCAUCAAUGCUCAACUUGUGAAGCAUCUAAGGACUCAUACGGGAGAGAAGCUAUUUGAAUGUUCUGAAUGUGGAAAAGGCUUAUCAUCAAAUGCUGAGCUUGUUGCCCACUGGAGAAUCCACACAGGAGAGAGACCUUAUAAAUGCAGCGAAUGUGAUAAAUGUUUCAAUAUGAAAGCAUCGCUGACUGAACAUCUAAGGACCCACACAGGGGAGAAACCCUAUCUGUGUUCUGAAUGUGGAAAAUGUUUUGCAGGAAAGUCAACACUACUUAAGCACAAGAAGAUCCACAAAGAAGAAAAGGAACAGAUAUGUUCCUUUUGUGGGAUGUGUUUCAUGGAUAGGUUCUCAUUAGCCUCGCAUAAGAGAAGUCACCAGAUAAUGGAUAAAGAGGUCAAGCUGUAUAUAUGUUCUGAAUGUGGCAAAUGUCUAAGACACAAGUCUUCCCUUGUGAUACACCAGCGAAGUCACACAGGGGAGAAGCCAUUUGCUUGUCUAGAAUGUGGCAAAUGUUUCAUAAGUCAGUCGAAACGGGCAGCUCAUCGGAGAAUCCACACUGGAGAAAAACCAUACGAGUGUUCUUUGUGCAAUAAGCGAUUCAGACUUUCUUCACACCUCAGUAGACAUAACAAAAUCCACAUACAAAAAAAUAAUUUGUGAUAAAUGCUUUGAUAAAACCACUUCACUUUCCUUAGACGUGUUGCACAUCUAGAAGAGAAAAAACGUCUGAACAAAAUCUAAAAGAUCUUUCUUUUGGAUGUCCACCAAGACUAGGUAUUUUGUGAGCCACCCUUUGGUUCAGUAGUCCAUUGAAGAGAAACUGCUAAUUCUUCUUUGGAUUCUAUGUUAUUUAGUUACAGAUGUUACUAGGAUAAAUGCAGAGAUAGUGAUAGAAAAGCACUGACUGUAGUAUUUUGUGUAGCACUGAUGAGAGAGGCGGACAAUAAACUUGAACUUUUGAUUAAACCUUUCAUAAAAGGAAUCAAAUCAAGAAGGGUUUUUUGCUUCUGUGUGAUGAUCACAUGCAAACAAGUGCAGAAAACCCAAUUAAUAGUUUCUAUUGUAUUGUGAGAUUGCCUCUUUAUCAGGUAAUGUAUAUAAACAUAAUGACCCUGUAUCAUCUUCAUGCAGAAUUGGCUGGAACUACAGCAUGAGGACACCUUAUUAAUAUUAGAUCUACUACUAAAACUAAAACUUUUUGUAACCUAACAAUAAAAACACCAAUAAAAUAUA